CGAAAAAGCAAACAUUAGACAGACAUACAAAUGACAAAGAUCAUCAAAACAAUUAUAUCCCCUGCAAACUGAACAAGUAGUUUUUUUUAAUAAAUUAUUAUUAUUUAGCUUCAUAAAUUGAUAUAAUCGUAAUAGUUUUUACUAAGAAAAAGUCAAAAUCAGGACUUGAAUUCAAUAAUUAAAGGAAAAGGUCAGAGAAGGUAAAAUCCUGAGCUGCACCAAUUGCAAUAAGAUUAACUUUACUUACUUAAUAAUUUCAUAAACCUUUUAGUCAGCUAAUAAACUCGGAUAAAGGCCAGCCUUGAUUUUUUUGAAUUACUACAUCGUGCUAUAAUGAUGAAUCUUUUGGGUCGUCCUGAUAUCGAAACCGGUGAGGUGUACGCAAAUUUUAAUCAAAAUGUCACGGCUUUGGCAGUAGCAACGCGUAAUGGAUAUAGUUUAUACAGUCUUAGCUCUGUCGAUUUAACUUUGGGUAAAUUAUAUAGCUGUGAUACCGAUGAGAUAUUUCUCAUUGAACGUCUCUUCGAAAGUUCGCUAGUUGCGAUUGUCUCUCAACGGUCUCCGCGAAAGCUGAAAGUUUGCGAUUUUAAAAAACAGAGCGAAAUAUGUAACUACUCAUAUUCAAAUACCAUAUUGUCGGUUAAAUUAAACCGACAACGGCUAGUUGUAUGCUUAGAAGAAAGCCUUUACAUUCAUAAUAUUCAAGAUAUGAAAGUUGUACAUACGAUACGUGAUACUCCGUGCAACGGGUCAGGACUUUGCGCUCUUUCUUCCUCAUCUGAGCACUGCUAUUUGGCAUAUCCGGGUAGUAUCACUUCCGGAGAAGUGCAGAUAUUUGAUGCUAUCAAUUUGCAUGCUAAGACAAUGAUACCUGCACAUGAUUCUCCAUUAGCAGCGAUGGCAUUUAGCCCAUCUGGAACUGAGAUUGCCACAGCUAGCGAACGUGGUACUGUAAUUCGCGUAUUUUCAUCUCUUGAUGGUAGUAAACUAUUUGAGUUACGUCGUGGUCUGAAACGUUGUGUUUCCAUCGCCUCACUUUCCUUUAGUACAUGUUCUGGGUAUUUAGUAUCAAGUUCAAAUACAGAAACAGUGCACAUUUUCCGUUUGGACCGAACGGUUGCCGAGCAAGCUGAAUCUAAGCAAAGUUCUGAUGACUGGAUGGGUUAUUCCCUUUUUAGAUAUCUCAGCAAAACUGUAACAAGCUAUCUGCCAACGCAAGUGACUGACGUAUUUACGCAAGGACGUGCAUUUACAUCGGUGUCCUUGCCGGAACCUGGUAUUAGACGUAUUUGUGCAAUUACAACAAUCCAAAAGCAACUAAGACUUUUGGUGGCCUCCCAAGACGGAUAUUUGUAUGUAUACUCCAUACCUUCAAUUGAGGGUGCAGAAUGCCAACUCAUCAAGAAGCAUGAUAUACGUAUAGAUGAUUCAUAUGCAAUGGAUAUUAAAGUUGACUCGCCACAACCACUGGGAGGUUCAGGCGUUGUUGCAGCAGUGACUGAACUUGCAGCUGAAGAAGAUUCAUCUAUACAGAACGCUACAGCCAGUGGAGCAACUUAUGCUUCGGCUGUAAAAGGCGAAGAAAAAGUAGCACAGCCUUAGAUGCAUCGCACAUGAAAAAUAUUCGCCAUUACCACCACUUCACAAACCCAUUAAGUCUCAAUUACUGAAGUUUCUGGCAAAUAUUAUAUUUAAAGAGUGUUCGUCAUUUUAUGUUUAAAUAUUCUCUUGUGACAUGAUGCGUUUUUUUCAAUUUCUAAUUAAUUAUUUAAUUUAAGGGGCAAUGUAAAAAAAGAAAAAAAAAAUACUUUUUAUGCAAGCAAAUUAGAUCGAUUGAUUAAAUUUUUAUUAUAGAGAAUUUUUACUGUCGUUGGAAUUUUCAGUAUUCUAUAUUUUUAAAUUUGGCUUUCUUUUAAGCAUUUGAACAUGCAUAACUUUUAGAGGAUCUAUUUUACAUUGAGGAUAUUAUUAUUUUCUCUUUAUGUAUGUAAAUAUGUCAUUCAACUAUUGAGUAUCACCUGAGUGUACUUGCAAUAAAUCGCAUUCAAAUAGUGCGAAAUUUUACGUUUGCAUUUGCUAAUAUACAUAUAUAUGAAACUCCAACGUAUCGGUAAAAGAUAAAAAUU